AUGUCGGAAGAAGCUAGAAAACUGUGUUUCGUGACUGUUGGAGCCACUGCCUCCUUCCAUCUUCUUCUGAAGUCUAUCUUGAAUCCUAUUUUUCUUGAAGCUCUGAAUCAGCGCGGCUAUACGGAUCUUCUUAUCCAGUAUGGCAAGGACGGAGAGCAGCUAUUUGAUGAGUUCAGCGCAAAGUACCCUCCCGGUGAUCCCAACCGUCAUGGCAUCAUUGUUCACGGUUUCGACUUCAAUCCAGCCGGUCUGGACAAUGAAAUACGUCUAGCCAAAGCCAAGCCAUCUGAAAACCGAAGCAGCGGACUGGUAAUUAGCCACGCAGGUUCCGGCAGUAUUUUAUCAGCCUUGAGAUUUGGUGUCCCGCUGGUCGUGGUGCCUAAUCCUACACUCCAGGACAAUCACCAGGCAGAGCUCGCUGAAGUACUUCAAGACGAAGGCUACGCGAUAUGGAGUGAUCACCGUGAGGUAUCCGCUGCACUCGAACGUGCCGAGGCUCUGCGCACCAAGAUGCUCACUUGGCCGCCGGUUCAUGGUAUGCGUGAGCUACAGCCCCAGAACCUUGAGGGCGUUGUCUCGGAGGAGAUGGGCUACUUGGAUUAA